AACGACAGUAUCGAGGAACGAUGGAUUUCUGGAAAGGAAAGACAGCGAUCGUAAUUGACGCCGGCGCUGAUAUUAGUGCCGCGAUCGCAAAAGCUUUGAUGGAACAUCAUGUUAAGGUAGUUGGUGUGGCGCAAACGAAGAGCCAGCUCAAGGAAGUGGCUAGAAAAUGGUGCAAGGAUACCUGGUAUCCUUUUGAAUGCGAUCUUAAGAAAAAGCAGGACAUAGAGGAGAUGUUCGAGUGGGUCGAAACUAAGUUUGGAGGAGCUGAUAUCCUCGUGAACAAUGCUAAAAUCGCCAGCAUGACAUCGAUCAUUGAGGGGCCGAUAUCAUCAUACAAGGGAGUAAUAGAAACAAACAUAUUCGCUCCUGCAAUCUUAGCACGCGAAUUUACCAAGUCAGUAGGACAACGUAACGCGUCUGGGCAUAUAAUCAAUAUUAACAGCAUAAAUGGACGCUCUGCAGAAACCAUGCAGAUCCCACUUGGUAUAUACGGUGUCAGUAAAUAUGGUCUCAAUGCUUUGGUAACGGAACUACGCCGCGAACUUAUCUUGGCUAAACUGAAAAUUAAAGUUACCAACGUCAGUCCUGGAGCUGUGCUAACGGAUACGGUUCCAAUAGUAUCUGGUGGUACCAAAUAUGCAAUACCAUUAUUGCAAGACAAGGACAUCGUUGAUGCAGUAAUUUAUGCCUUAGGAACACCACAAGCCGUAGAGAUAUAUUGAUUAUUAACGUUGUUCCUAGAUUCACGAAGUGACUGUUAUGCCACAAGGAGCACCCGUGGAGUUCACCAUACUAGACGGUAGGAACUUUACGCGAUGUGUAAUUAGACCUUUAGAAUUAUUUUAUAAAUAAUCGGUAACUGUGCAAUAUUUAUCUUUCUUAUAGAUUUUAGAAAGCUAAAAGUAUAAAAAUAUAAGAAUUUCUUUUAUUACGUUCAAACAAAAGAAACGUAAAGAACUUGAUGUGACUCAUCUUUCUGAUGAAUAUUGUAUAGUUUUAAUCGUCGAUGAAAUAACAAUUAACCCACGUUAAGAUGCAAGGAGACGUUAAUAUCGUACAAUUUAGUACGACAUCGAUUUUUAGACAAAUAAACGUGAAAGAUUCUUAAAAAAACAA